CAAUGGAAAUUAUAUCGUCUUAUAGCCUUUUGCCGGAAUCAAACUAUAGCAGUGUUCUUUUAUAUGGGACUCAAAAUUUUCCUAAUUACGAUGGUUUUUGUACGAAUUGUCCAGUGAUGAGAUUAGGUUCUAAGACUCGAGCUUCUGCCACAAUAUCUUUCGCUUCUAACUGUGGAAAUGACGGACAAUGUACAUCGGAUUUACAUGUUGACGUUAAAUUUAAUGGUACAACCAAAAUGGUAUACAUUCUGGGCUCAGAUAAAACAUUGCAAUUGGAAGUUGAAGUCCACAAUAAAGGUGAAUCUGCUUACUCGACUCAACUGCAUGUUAAAAUACCAAAACCUGUUGAUUUAGAAAGCAUUCCGUCCAGUUGCCAACAAGAUGAUGACGCUGGAGAAUAUAAUAUAGCGAUUACUUGCUUCGUAGCAAACCCUCUAUAUAAUGAUAAAAGGUAUUUCUUCACUCUUCCUCUGGAUAUGAGCAAAGUAGGCUUAUUAGAAGACUAUGACAUGACAGACAACGAAUUAUUAUUCAACGUGGCUGCGACUACAAUUAGUAGUAACAUCGAAAAAAAUAAUAUUAAAGAUAUAGCUAUACAGUUGAAAAAUGAAUUCGAUAUUACGGUUACUGGGUAAGAUAAAUAAUUUUAUAAUUACUGAAAGGCUUUUAACAAUGUUCAUUAAAUGUAAUUUGUUACUCCAUAGUAAAAC